CACGAGAUGAGGGGCCUUUGUAUCAAAACGCCCGCCAGAAGUAGAGUUCGUUGGAUACUUUGUUAAGGCGUGCAGUGUAUACCCCCACCUCUGCAACAAAGCUCUCUUGGCGACAGAAUUGCUGUUGCCUUGGAGAUCCUCAAACGCUUAUCAACCUUCGAAUUUCAUAUCUCUACUGUCCUAUCUCGAUACAUCCUAUUUUCUAUCGCGAGUUACAGCAACCAUGGAGCCAGCCAGUGCCACGUCCCUUGAGCGACCGCUCCGCCUUCUCACGUACCUAGCUACGGCCAUCACGAUUCCUUUGAACAUUGCUGCAACCAUUCUCUCGCUCGAAAAGCAACGUCACCGAUGGGCCCGUCGGCACGUCACGGCAUACUGCUUCGUCUUCAUACCCCUGGCAUUGACGGUCGCUGCUUCCUCAAUGAGUCUGCAGUACAUGAAGAAGCAUGGCAAGAGCCCUCGUGCUUUGCACUUCAAGGUCCUUGACCUGGUCUCGGCUCUCGCAUACAUUGCUGUCCUGAUCCCUUGUUGGGUACUUGAGAUCCGGGAGUUCAACGCCGGAGGAUUCGGACUGCUGACGGGUUACGUUACAGCUCCUAUGAUUUUGAACCUGUUCAUCCACACCUACUUCACGCUGGCCCACAUCCCUUGGAAACAGUGCUUCUCAAAGGUGUUUACUUUCAGCCAAAAGGGCUCUUACCAGCAGUGUCCUAACUGCCAGGCCGCGUUCACCUCUGGCACAACUCAGACCACGACAAAGAAGGGCUACAGCCUCCUACGUGGAGAAGACUACCUCGAUGUUGAGGCUGACCCAGUUCAGUACCGAGACUCGGAGGACUUCCUCGGUGAGGGUGCCGAGCGUGCUGAGCAGCCUGAGCAAGCCAAGGCAGCCGAGGACAGCGGCAAGGGCAAGAAUAUGGUUGAAGUCUGACGCUUGUCAUCAAGUGAACGGCAUGCAUGAUACAGUGCACAGUGUAAACGUACUCGAUACCGGCAAAUCGAAAUUGGAAAGGUGUAGGCUGGAGGCACUCAGCCCUGUAGGUUUGGUAUACGAUGGUGGGUUCUGGAAGUAGUCGAUGCAAUCUUGUUGGCCAAGGACCUGGUGUCAAUGUUCGCCGUGUUGGUCCGAAGAAGAACUAAGGUGCUAAGCAAAAUCAUUGGUUUAGGGGUAUAUAUCAUUCAUUUGAAGUAGACAAAAACAUCAACGAAG